AUGGCAAAAAGACAAAGCAUUGAAGCAUUUGAAGAAUUGCUGAAAGAUCUAAUGGAAACUGACGAACCUUUUGGAGGCAAGGUUGUAGUUUUUGGCGGCGAUUUUCACCAGACUCUUCCUGUCAUUCAGGGGGCUGCUAAGGACCAGUUAAUUCAGGCUAGCCUCCUGCAUUCUUCGUUAUGGUCUGGGAUGCACAAAAUAAAGCUAACACAGAACAUGAGGGCUGUCUUAGACCCUGCUUUUUCACUAUUCUUGCUCGCUGUCGGCGAAGGUGCAGAGCCUGCUGAUGCAGACAACCAGAUAUGUUUACCAAGUCAUAUGGUCAUACCAUUCCAUAAUAUGAACGAUUCUUUUGACAGAUGUAUUCUGACCCCAAAAAAUACCUUUGUUGAAGACAUUAAUGAAAUGAUGAUUCAGAGAUUUCCUGGACAGGUUUUUACUUAUACAAGCUCUGACCGAACUAUUGAUCAGAGAUUUCAGGCAGACUAUGAGGAUUUUUUGAAUACUCAGAAUCCAAAGGGUCUUCCUCCACACAAACUCGUGCUAAAAGAAAACUGUCCCUUGAUCUUGCUUAGGAAUCUAAAUCCAGCUGAAGGAUUGUGCAAUGGCACAAGACUUAUUUGUCGGCAGCUAAGACGACACACUAUCUGUGCUGAGAUAGCUUUUGGUCAGCAUAAAGGGAAGAAGAUUUUCAUUCCCAGAAUCCCAUUGCAAGGAAUGGGAUUCCAUUCAUCAGGCCACAAUUUCCAGUUCGCCUUUGUUUUGCGAUGA